GCCAAGCCAGCUGCGCUGGAGUAACAGCGGUGGUUGCUCCAGUUUGUACGAGCAUAGCCUGCUUCCUCGGACCGAGUGAACAUUGGAAAGUAAUAGUUCAGCAGCAUCCAGCUCCAGCUUUGGUUUCCGCCAUCCGUCAAGUCAAGUCGCCGUGUGCACCCUUUCCGAAUUCGGUAUCGACGAGGCGUAUUGUGGCUUUCCUCUCCGAGGCUGGUCUGCAAUAAGCGACCGUCUUCGCCACUGGUAACUGCAUAAGGAACUUCGCUUGGUGCUGGAGCGGAGCAAGGCAGCCCGAAGAGCGACUGAAACUGGAUGCGUUUCGAAAAAAAGGGUGAACGGAGCAAGCUUCGACGCCAUUAUACAAGUUUUUGCGGGGAACGUCAGCAACGCCGCUUGUAGCUGCCCUGCUAGUUGAUGAAGCAAUGACACAACAAUGGAACCCAUUCGGCAGCUGACGUACGGGAUGCCGACUACGGUUCGAAGCAGAGUUCUGAAGUGAAAAGAUGGUCCGUGGCAGCUGUUGACACGAACACUCCCCAGUUAAGAGUUCGACCUUGUUACUAUGUGCUAGUCUUGCGUUACCCGUUUCUGCAGGCAUUGUGUUAGCAAUGCUACAGCGCACCUUGCAAACUACAUCACACGGCAAUGAAGGUCUGGCCCGGACGUCACAAGCAACCUCCAUCACCACCACCUGUACCACCAACACAUCAAUGACGACGACGGUGGCUAGCGCUGCACUAGGCUUGCCAAUGCGGCGCGGCGCUGGCGGCGGAGAUAGUGAAGCGCUGUGCAACAUGCACGAAUCGCUUUUCCGGCUCGUGUUCCUCUGCUCGGAAAGUGAGCUGUCUGAUUUUGACAGUAACGGAGAUUCCAGUGACGAUGAAGACUGGACACCGCUUGCUGCUGUGAGGCAAUAUUUCAUGAAGCGGACGCCACCACUUAUAGUUCCGCGUGCAGAAACACAUACUGGCUGCUCUCCUGGCUCCGACGCCCGGGUGAAACUUGAAACACCUCCGCCUCCACCACAGGAUGUGGAGAUCAAGUUGGAUGAAGGCACGGCGUGGACGUGGGGUAAGACGGUGACGCCUAUUGCCUCUGCCGCCACCGCGGACGUGUCGUGCUCGGAUACAGCUGGGGAAGACGACGCGGUGGCCCAGGCGUACUCCAUCCGCAUCACUGUGUCUUGCGCGGGUGAUAAGCCGCCGACUCGCCGUAUCGUGCUCGUGCCCGUGCCCAGCGUCGGCGAGCACCUAACGCAGGCAAACGAUAGCUCGUGUGUCCUAUCACGCACGACCCUCGCACCAACGGCAGAGCCGCACGAAUGCGUGCCCAGCUCGGACGAUGACAAGAACACAGCAGGAGCGCUGCUACCAAACAUCACUCGAACACCUAGGGACCAUCAGCACAAGCCACCACGGCCAUUCACACCCAAACAUCAUUAUCCGUGCCCAACUGGCGAGCCCGUCGCAUGCCCCGUGCACCGGGCACCAUUAACUCCAACGCCGCCGGAACAUCACGACCACCAGCGCCAUUGCCCGCCUGACAAGCCCAUCACAUCGCAGGGUUGGCGACCAUCGGCGAUACCAGUCUUGGGACUGCAAGACGACCAUCAUCAUCGUGGCCAUGACAACGUAGACGGUGAGCCACUAGCGUCGAUACGGCAGAGUCGCCGGCACCGCUUACUACAAUGCCUUAAGGUGCCCGACUGCCGCCGCCGUCAACGCUUUAAGCACAAGCAGGCAAGUCCCGCCAGCGCCAGCAUUGGCACUAGCACUAGCUCCGACACCAACACUCCCAGUACUCCAUACAUGUGUCUGGUGGACACUCUGGGCGGCAAGUCGUCUAGUGACGGCCAGUUUCCGUUUCACCUGCAGUACGACGAGUAUCGGCGCUAUCCGCGGCGAUCGAAGCUGCCGGGCAGGUCGUACGACGAGGAUGCGUGCAACGACACCACAUGCGAAGAGUACAGGCACUUCACAAGCUUGAAGCCACUGGCCAGUGUGGUGGCUGGUAUGCCACUGCAGGCGAGUGUAUACGCACCACGACACGGAGUACCCGCCGAGCUGGCCAUUCACCCGUCGCGUAUCCACGACGCCGGCCUGGGGGUGUUUGCACGUCACCCGAUUCCGGUGGGCACACUGCUCGGCGCCUACGCCGGCGAAAUCAUACCCAUCCGUAAACUCCAGCCGGCCCGCGAUCCCACCUACAUGUGGGAGGUGGUGUGUCGUAGGACGGGCGAACGCUACGUAAUCGACGGCAUGGAUCCGGCCACAGCAAACUGGAUGCGCUACGUGAACUGUGCCAACUCCGAAUCGGAGCAGAACCUGAUUGCCUUCCAGCACAAUCGGUGUAUCUACUAUCGCACUGCGUGUGAUAUAGCCACUGGAACUGAGCUGCUCAUCUGGUACGGAGGACGCUAUGCAAAGCAGCUCGGGAUCACGAACGGGUCGUUAUUUCGCUUGGAUUCUCUCACUGUCGCAGAACAUGCCACACUAGCCGUUCCCAUGCCAGGCGUGUUCUUGCACAAAGCUGCUACCGUGUGCAACGCGCAAAUGAAGUAAAGUUCUGAUAAUGUUCCCCCGUGGGCCUGCUGUUUCCGAUAACGGGCAUUCGACAACGUUUCCAGUGCUCUUGCGGUGAACCCUACCGUGUGCAUCACUGCUCAUGGUGAGUCCGAUUGAUUAGACGCAUCUGAUAAUGUUCCCAGGACGCUGCUGUUUCUGACGGCGCAUUCCUCUCCUCUCCCAAUCUUUUCCGAUAACGUGCAUUCGCAUCAGUACCGCCGUCACCACCAGUCAACUGCCUUCGAUCCAACAGUUGGGUUUGUUCUUUUGGUUUUCGGAUUCAGAACAGCCAUAGUGAUUUCUAUCGGUAUCGGUGUCUCCACCAGUUGACUGACUGCCUUCAAUCCCGCACUGGGAUUUGGUCUUUGGUUUUCGGAUUCAAACAGCCAUAGUGAUUUCUAUCGGUAUCGGUGUCAUCACCAGUUGACUGAGUGCCUUCAAUCCCGCACUGGGAUUUCGUCUUUGGUUUUCGGAUUCAAACAGCCAUAGUAAUUUCUAUCAGUAUCGGUGUCAUCACCAGUUGACUGAGUGCCUUCGAUCCAACAGUUGGGUUUGUUCUUUUGGUUUUCGGAUUCAGAACAGUCAUAGUGAUUUCUAUCAGUAUCGGUGUCAUCACCAGUUGACUGAGUGCCUUCAAUCCCGCACUGGGAUUUGGUCUUUGGUUUUCGCAUUCAAACAGCCAUAGCGAUUUCUAUCAGUAUCGGUGUCAUCGCCAGUUGACUGAGUGCCUUCAAUCCCGCACUGGGAUUUCCUCUUUGGUUUUCGCAUUCAAAACCAGCACCACUGGCUUCUAGAAUUCAGAAUGGCGACGAUGAUUUCUAUGGCUAUCGUUGUCCUCACCAGUCGAGUGCCUUCAUUCCUACACUGGACUCUACCUAUUACUCUGUUAGGACGACUCUGGUGGAGUAAGAAAGUGUGUGAUCCGAAUUACCCACUUCACUAGUCGUUCGCAAUCUCUUUCUCAAUGUUUUAUCACCUUUUUUUUAACCACCAUAAAUGAAUGCUUUUUUGCAUGGGCUGUUUGUUAGAUAACACACACGCAGACACACACAUACAAACACACAUAUACAAACACACACACACACACACACACACACAUGCACGCGCGCGCGCGCACACACAGACACCUCCCCCCCCCCCCCCCACACACACACGCACACUUUGCUGAUCAAUUCAUUGGACAUUGUUUUCCUCUCCAUUUCUCUAGAUUUUUCACUCAUUUUAGUACAGCAAAUACAUCGCUAGGGUUUUGCAUAGAUUUUGGCAUGCUAAGUAGCAGCCCCUCUUAGGUUUAUGUAGGGUUUUGCAUCCUCUCUUAGGUUUAUGUAGGGUUUUGCAUAGAUUUUGGCAUGCAAAGUAGCAGCCCCUCUUAGGUUUAUGUAGGGUUUUGGAUAGAUUUUGACAUGCUAAGUACAGGCUCAACCUCGUUCGUAGAUCGUCUCUAGGCCAUCAAAUACUUCGAAGUAAUUUAAAUGUGUCUCAUGAAACUCUGGCAGCAUGACUUUCAACAAAAGGUGCAAGAAGCCCGAUUCACACUUAUAAUUAUGGGCUACUGUCACCCUCAAUACCGUUGCACAACAUAAAUUAUCGGCACUUGAAAUACUUCCAAAUUGUUGUUUUGGUAAUUCUGUCGCGGCAGAAUUUCAAGUUGACGUCAUUUUUAUGAUGCAAUGUGUGCUGUAAACGUGUAUCAUCAGACAUACCCUGAACCUGGUGCUGGACAAAUCCCCGCUUUAUCCUUUACAAAUUAGUUUGAGGAAACACGUGUGAUGCGCUGACACCCCGUACAUAAGUCGUAACUCGCGCAUGCGAGGAGCAUCGCAUCGUAAAAAAACAUGUC